AUAGGCUUCUGGCGCUUGGCUUAGGCUCUUCCUUCCCGCGGACCAUCUCUUUUAACAUCUCGUCCUUUUUCUCCCUUAUUUUUCCUGUCUCUCCGUGGAAGCGCAUCCAGUAACUGCCUUUUGGCGUCUGUGUCUCUGUCCACGAACUUUCUUCGGAGGACGAAAUUUAACUUCAAAUUCAUUCAUCUAACCAUUCCCUUGCAUACUCAUUCCUUCAUCAUCCUCUGUAAAUGAAACUCAGAGGAGUGAGUGAAAGGAUUGCUUCUUCUACUUUCUGUUUUCUCUACAGUGCGACGCCGGUGUUUCAAUGUUUCCUUUUGCUCUUAGUUUCUGAGAAAAUAUUUUCCCAACAACGACAAUAAGGAAAAACUACUUGAAACGGAAACAUUAAACAUCCGAUUUGUGUUGAGUUGACCGGUUUGGCUUUUUGGACGAAGCGGGAAUAGCUAGUUCAAACUCAUGAAUAUCAAGGGAAAUAAAUUUGUGAGGUUUGUUGACUGGAAUUCAGAGAAAUCCUACAGUUCGGAGCGGCAAUACUCCACUGAUGAUGGAUUUUACGCAAGAAGAGUCAGGCCAACUGUAAGCGCCGUUUGGGACAGCAUCCACCGACACUGGGAGAUAGGUUCUGACAAGUUCAGAAGCCUGAGAAAACCAUCAAUCUUCCGCUCUGGGGGUGCUCAGCCACCAAAAGCAUCAGGCACAGGAAAGAAAAUUCUUGAUCCACAGGGCCCAUUUCUCCAGAAAUGGAACAAAAUUUUUGUGCUGGCCUGUGUGGUUGCUGUGUCCAUAGACCCUUUGUUCUUUUACAUCCCGGUGAUUGAUGGCGAGAAUAAAUGCCUUGACUUGGACAAAAAGUUGGAAACUACUGCUUGUGUCCUCAGAACCUUCAUUGAUGUGUUCUAUAUACUCCGUAUAAUUUUUCAAUUCCUUACGGGGUUUAUUCCCCCUUCCACUCGUGUAUUUGGAAGAGGCGAGCUGGUUGAGGAUCCUGUCAGUAUCGCUAGAAGAUACAUGACUUCCAACUUCAUCGUUGAUGUACUAUCAAUUCUUCCACUUCCCCAGGUGGUAGUUUUAAUCAUCAUUCCCAGCUUGAAAGGUCCCGUUUCAUUGAUCGCCAAAGACUUGUUGAAGUAUGUUGUUUUAUCCCAAUAUGUGCCGAGAUUUCUCAGAAUCUAUCCGCUGUUUAAAGAAGUGACUAGUAGUUCUGGAAUACUUACUGAAACGGCAUGGGCUGGAGCUGCUUUCAAUCUCAUCCUCUAUAUGCUAGCCAGUCAUAUAAUUGGAGCCUAUUGGUACUUGUUCUCCAUAGAACGCGAACAUAGGUGCUGGCGUAGAUUCUGUAAGGCUCCUCAGUGUAAUAUUAAAGACUUGUACUGUGGAGAACACCGUUUGGCAAAUUUGAGCACAUUUCUGACAGAUUCGUGCCCUUAUGUCCAGCCUGAUGAAAUUAAAAAUUCAACUGUAUUCAACUUCGGAAUAUUCAUUGAUGCUCUACAAUCUGGUAUAGUGGAAUCAUGGGAUUUUCCCAGAAAAAUCUUCUACUGCUUUUGGUGGGGUCUGCGUAAUCUUAGCGCUCUGGGCCAGAAUCUCAAGACAAGUCCUUACGUUGAUGAGAUAAUCUUUGCUGUUUUCAUAUGCGUUGCUGGAUUGGUUUUAUUUUCACUGCUCAUCGGUAAUAUGCAGAAAUAUCUGCAAUCCACAACUGUUAGAAUAGAGGAAAUGAGAGUUAAAAGGCGAGAUGCACAGUUGUGGAUGACCCAUCGCAUGCUUCCAGAUACCCUGAGGGAGAGGAUCAGGAGGUAUGAGCAAUACAAAUGGCAGGAAACCAGAGGUGUGGAGGAGCGGACUCUGAUCCGUACUCUACCUAAAGAUCUCAGAAGGGAUAUAAAUCGCCAUCUUUGCUUUGAUCUAAUCAUGAGAGUGCCAAUGUUUGGGAAAAUGGACGAGCAAAUACUGGAUGCAAUAUGUGACCGUCUCAAGCCAGCCCUUUACACAAAGGACAGUUACAUUGUUCGCGAGGGCGAUCCUGUGGAUGAGAUGCUAUUUAUCAUGCGAGGUGAUCUAGUGAGUGUGACCACGAAUGGUGGACGAACUGGCUUUUUCAAUGCUGUUUAUCUCAAAGGUGGAGACUUUUGUGGAGAAGCUCUUCUUACUUGGGCUUUGGAUCCACAACCAUCCUCCCAUCUCCCUAUCUCUACUAGAACUGUGCAAGCUCUAACGGAUGUUGAAGCCUUUGCCUUAGUGGCCGAAGACUUGAAAUCUGUUGCCUCCCAAUUCCGCCGUCUUCACCACAAGGAUAUCCAGCACACAUUCAGGUUCUUCUCGGUGCAGUGGAAGACAUGGGCAGCAUGCUUCAUACAAGCAGCUUGGCGCCGUUACUGUAGGAGGAAGCAAGCAAAAAUUCUACGCCAAGCAGAAGAAAGAUUGCAAGACACUUUGGCAAAUGAGGCUGCAACCACUCCUAGCCUUGGUGCUACGAUCUACGCUUCACAAUUUGCUGCCAAUGUAUUAAGAAAUCUCAGGCAAAAUGGGGGACGCACCUCUAGACUGCCACAAAUAUUAGCACUGGUGCCACAGAAGCCAGCUGAGCCUGAUUUUUCUGCUCAUCAUCGCUAGAGACCUUGUGAACAAGUUCAAAUGCAAAUGUAGAUUAGGUGUGAUCAUACAGUGAUUAUAAGCUUGAAGUCUAUGUAUAUUUUAAGUAGCUAAUUUAAGAGUUGUAAAGGGAAUUUGAUUUUUUUUUCUUUUUUGGGGAAGUGGAUCAAAUUGUCCAGCUAGAAGCCUGUCUAUUAAUUUCUGCUGACAGAAACCAAUUAGAGAGGCAUAUACAAGCAACCCAUUCUGGCUUCAAAAGCCUUGUACUUUCGCACACCUUCCUAUAUAUAUAUAUAUAAAUUUUUUUCUC